AUGGCCGAUGAGUUGUUGAUCACGUCCAGUCCAAUCUCAGAUUCGCAGAUAUCAGAGACCGAUAGCGUGCCCAAUGAGGUUCAGGCCAUCAUAAAAGACUACGUGCCAUUAGAUGGCAAUGACAACACCAAGGAGAUCCUUCGCGAAACUUUCAAAUACCUCCCGCCAGAUGGGAGGGCUCACCUGGUUGAAGACAUCAUUGAGGCUGCGGAAAACGAUACAUUACGUCAACUUUCUCGCGGCAUAAUUUCAGGGCUCCUAAAGCCCAUGAAGGUUGCGGGGGCCGUGAUGGCCAUGGCUAACAUCACGCCUUCUCUGCGCCAUAGCUUGGACGAGUCAAUUGAAGAGCCCGCGACCAUGACAGACGAGCCCAUGAAGUGUCAGCGGACAAUGCUCCGAGAGGCAGCGAUGCUUAGAGAGGGGAACAAGUGCAUCAUAUCAGGUUUCUAUGAUCUUAAAUUGAUCAAACAAUACCCUGACGAAGAUUGCGAAGACUUAGAGGCGGCACAUAUUGUGCCUUUUUGUCUCGCUAAGUGGGAAAACGACCAUGACAAACGCCAGAAAAUGGCUGUUUGGGAAAAUAUCUUCCACUAUUUUCCUAGCGUCAGCACCCUGUUAAACUUCUACUACCGGGACAUUAAUAGCCUCCAAAAUGUGAUGAUGCUCUCUUUCUCUCUUCACAGAUCAUUUGGAAAAUUCCAUCUAGCGCUCGAACAGACCGGCAUACCAGAUCAGUAUCAUAUCACCACCUUCAGUGGGUUUGCACCAGUCUAUCGAGGAUUUCUGCCACAGAAUCGAAUCGUCACGAUGAGAGCCCACGAUGGGCGCAUCCCGUUGCCUUCGCCUACUUUGCUUCAAGUCCACUGUGCCAUUGCGCACAUACUCCACGCCACCGGCGAGGGCGAGAAGAUCGAAAAAAUCCUGGAUGACUCCGAUGCUAUUGUUGGCCUUUCUGCCAGCGGCAGUACUGAUGUCGCAGAGCUCUUCAAAGCGCAAAUACCGAAGAGUCAAAGGGGAAGUCCACAUCGGACGCUUCCAUUGGUACCCUAUCCCAAACGCCUUGAAGGCCAGUGCUCCGCAACCAGAUACCAAAGCCCUGGCGAUCCAGCAAAUGAGGCCUUUUGCAGACCCUUCACUGGAGUGUGA